AUGUCCGUCGCAGACAAGUCCUUCCUGGCAAAGAAGGUCAUCUCCGCCGAUGGCCCCUCGCCCAGGGAGGAGGAGCACAACCUGCCGCUUGUGGACUGGUGCGUGGCGGGGAUUGAGCCGGAGGAGGAGGCCAACAGGCGGCGCUCGGUGCUGGAGCACCUCAACAACAUUGUGCGCGCGUGGAUCCGCUCCACGAUGAUCACGGAGUUUCGCAUGCCGGCCGAGGCGGCGUCGCAGGUGGAGGGGCGCAUCUUCGCCACGGGCUCCUACCGCUACAACGUGCACGCGUCGGGCAGCGACAUUGACGUCGUCCUCAUCGCCCCUAACCGCAUCACUCGUGAGCACUUUUUUAACACCCUCGCCCCACGCCUGCAGCACGAGCCGCGGGUUACGGAGCUGCACUGCAUUCGAGACGCCCGAGUGCCUCUCAUCGCGAUGGUGGCGGACGGAAUUGACAUCGACUUGUCCUUUGGAUCCAUUCGACAGGAUCGCGUGCCGGAGGUGAUCACCGACGACCUGAUGCAGGGGCUUGACGACCAAUCUGUGCUAAGCUGUAAUGCGGUGCGUGUGGCCCACAACAUCAUGGACCUCGUCCCCCACAAGGCCUCCUUUCGUCAGGCCCUGCGCUUCAUCAAGGCGUGGGGGAAGGCGCGCGGAAUUUACAGCAACACCUUUGGUUUUCCCAGCGGUAUUGGGUGGGCUAUCCUUGUUGCCUUUGUCUGCCAGUGCCACCCGAACCAGAACGCCGCCGGCAUUGUGGUCCGCUUCUUUCGCAUCUACCACGCCUGGUUCUCGCCGAAUCCGCACGAGAGUGGCAAGGAAAAUCGAGCCAUUUAUUUAACGGAGACGAUGCGCGUCAAGACAAGCCUUGGCCGCAGCUGGGAUCCGCGCGAGUCCAAGUCGGACGCGAUGGCGCUCUUCCCUGUUCUCACCCCCGCCGUGCCGUACGGCAACGCGUGUUUUAACGUGACACUGACAAACCUUCGACAGCUCUGUGUCGAGUUUUCCCGGGGGCAUGAAAUUUGCAGCUCCAGCCUCGCCAUCUCCGUUGAAGAGGCCAAGUCACGCUUUGGUCCGCACGGUGUGUGGAGUAGGCUGCUGGAACCUGUCAAGUUUUUCGGGGAGUACAAGUACUACCUGCAUGUGCAGGUGUCAUGCACGGACGCAGAGGCGUAUCAGGGCUACAUCGACGCCGUGGAGUCGAAGAUCCGCUUCCUUUGGGCCGGCACGGCAGAGACGCGCGGCCAGGCUCUGGAGCAUGUCCGCCACCUGCGACUCCAACUCAAUCCACGGCGGUACGAGGCACCGGAGGAGGUUGAGGCACGGGCCGACCUCCUAAGAAAGACGCAGCGUAGCAGCGGCGGGGGCCGCAGCUCGACGGGGUUGGCCUUCCAGCAACGCCCCGGGGCGGCGGAGGCCGCCGCUGCAGCCAAGGCGUUUAGUUGCCACUACUUUAUUGGCAUGUCGGUGGAUCCGAAGGCGCCCGCGGGGAAGAUCGACCUGGCCCCGAGCAUUCGGGUCUUCCACGGCAUUGUGCGGCAGCUGCGGCAGUACAAGGAGGGCGUCACGCGCCUGCCAGUCAUCACGGUGGAGGACAUCUCGAAAGUACCCGCGUUUGUGAAGACGGCAGCCGGCUUCAGGGAAUCCGCGGCGCCGUCGGUCGCCAAGGACCAUCAUGACGCCAACGGCGCGCCUGCUACGGUGGCUGGAGAGAAGCGGCCUCGUGACGACGGCGACGCGAAACCCGACGAAGGCGCGGCGGCAAAAGCGGCGGCGGCGGAGUUCCCUGUCACACCUGCGACAGUCACGUCUGGGGCGUUUGACGGGAAGACAAACGGUGCAGCUGCUGCGACUGGUGUUGCAGGUGACGCAAUAAACAAAGACGAGGACGACGAUCCGGAUUUAGAGCAGGCGCUGGGUCUGGGCUUUUGA